AUGAUCCUGAUAAAUAUCAUCACUGUGGUGUUUGUGUUAGAUGUGUGUGUGUGUGAGUCGGAGCUCGGCCCCCCCGGCUGGAGGGAACCUCUGGACUGUGUCCGAGCCUCAGAACUGUGCAACCAGAACGGCCAGUGCAGCUCCCGCUACCGGAUCAUGCGCCAGUGCCUGUCCGGGGGGGACAAGGAGCGCAGCACCAUGCUGGCCUCCAAGGAGUGCCAGGGGGCGCUAGAGGUGCUGCAGGACUCGCCGCUGUACGACUGCCGCUGCAAGAGAGGCAUGAAGAAGGAGCUGCAGUGUCUGCAGAACUACUGGAGCAUCCACAUGGGCCUGACUGAAGGGGAAGAGUUUUACGAGACGUCUCCGUACGAGCCGAUCCAUUUCUCCGAGGAAUACCGACACGCGUCCAUCAUCUCAGAUUCGUCCUUGUUGAAGAUGAGCCCCUGCUCCGAGGCGGGGAAACCCUGUAACCCCUGCCUGGACGCGGCCAAGGCGUGCAACCUCAACGAGACCUGCAAGCGUCUGCGAUCUGCCUACAACUCCAUCUGCAGCAAGGCCACGCCCCCGCAGUCGUCCCUGGCCAAUCAGGAGCCGUGCAGCCGGAAAAGGUGUCAGAAGGCUCUGCGUCAGUUCUUCGAGCGGGUUCCGUGGGAGCUGAGCUACCCGCUGCUGUUCUGCUCCUGCCCCGACCAGGCGUGUGCCGAGCGCCGGCGCCGCACCAUCGUGCCGUCCUGCUCGCACCAGGAGAGGCACCGGCCCGCCUGCCUGGAGCUGAGACUCACCUGCCGCUCCGACGCCCUCUGCAGAUCUCGACUCGCUGAUUUCCACAUGAACUGCCAGAUGACGCCUCACACCGUCACCAGCUGCCCUCACGACAACUACCACGGCUGCCUCAUGUCCUACGUGGGCCUCAUCGGCUCUGACGUGACACCGAACUACAGCGACAGCAGUCCGUCCAACAUCACGCUCAGCCUGUGGUGCACCUGCAGGGGAACAGGAAGUGAGGAGCGAGAGUGUGAGGCCUUCCACCGCGACUUCACACACAACGCCUGCCUCAAAAACGCCAUCCAGUCGUUUGGGUACGGCUCCGAGGGCGGGACUCUUCAAGUGACCGAGCCCACGUCCACCUUCUUCCCCCCCGCCCAGCCGCCAAUCAUCUCCAAACCUGCUCCCGCUCUGCACGGCAACGCCAUCAAGCCCAUGGACAGUGCGUGUGUGUUCUCCACCUGUGCCAACCUGCAGGACGGAGGCCAGAAGUGCGUCCCCUCCGAUGAGUACGAGUGUGAAGAGGCUCUGUUGGCUCAGGAGUCCAUCGACUCUCAGGACUCUGCAGGUCCGAGGAGCAGCAGCCUCUCAGCUCCUCUCCUCCUCCACUUCUCUGUGUCUGUCCUGCCAACGUUUCUACUCUGCAUUUCAUUAAUGUGA